AUGGAGGAGAAAUUGAUGGAUUAAUUUGACGGAACAGUCGUAUGUGAUUCCCACUCCAGCCGAGGGCACCCGAAUGGAGUAACAGGCUGCAAUGUCAUCUCCACCUGGCCGCCUGGAGAGAUGUGUCACGGGAAUGGGAUCAAGUUUGAACACUUUUGCUCUGGUUUCACUGACGCUGUGAGAAGGAACCAAAAUGCCAGUAAACGGACAGGUCAUGGUGGCUGCCUGCACUGGCCAUCACACCACGGCAGUAAAACUCAACAUUCAUCGCACGGACUCAGAAGAAGAAGGCGCAAAACCUCCGCGACCGCAAACCUGCAGCAGCCACGCUUUGUGACACAGAAGGGUAUAAUGGGUGUAGUGGGCUGGAUGUUGCUCCUACUCUCCCAGAUGAUGGUGCCUGUGGCGUCCCAGAAGCCCCCGGGGCUCAGUGUGGGUGUGAUCAUGGCCCAGACGCGCUACGUUUCCGAUCAGGAGCUCCGUCCAUCUCGGCGACCUGAUGAUGCCCUUGACGUCUCUGUGGUAAUACUGCGGAUCAACGAGACAGACCCAAAGUCUGUGAUUACACAGGUGUGUGAACUUCUGUCACGCACUCGUCUCCAUGGCAUUGUGUUUGCCGAUGGCACCGAUCAAGAGGCCAUUGCCCAGAUCCUUGACUUCCUCUCCGUUCAGACACAACUUCCAGUUUUGGGAGUCCACGGAGGCUCCUCUAUGAUUAUGGCUGACAAGGAUGAGAAGUCCACGUUCUUCCAGUUCGGUGCAGCUCUGCAGCAGGAGGCUCUGCUCAUGCUUGCCAUCAUGGAGGAGUAUGACUGGCAUGUUUUUUCUAUUGUCACUUCCAAGUUCCCCGGGUACCAGGACUUCAUCAGCACACUGAAGAUAACUGUGGAUCACAGCUUUGUGCGCUGGGACCUGCAGAGUGUGGUGACUCUAGAUGCUGUAGAUGGCGACCCAAACUCUAAAUCACACAUUGCCCUCAAGAGGAUCCAGAGUCCUGUUAUACUGCUGUAUUGCUCCAAGGAUGAGGCUUUGUAUAUACUAGAGGAAGCUCGGUCCUUGGGCCUGAUAGGAGCUGGUUACAUUUGGAUUGUGUCCAGUCUCACCACUGGCAACCCAGACUUUACCCCCGAGAUGUUUCCCCUGGGUAUGAUCUCUGUGUCCUAUGACGAUUGGGAGUACCCGCUGGACACGCGGGUGCGGGAUGGGGUGGGCAUCAUUUCCUUUGCAGCCACCUCCAUGCUGCGGGAGAAGGGGGAGCUGCCAGAGGCCCAGAGCAGCUGCUACAGUACACCAUCAGACAGGAGCCCAGGGAAGCUCCCACCUAGUGCCCUGCGCAGACACAUGAUGCAUGUAUGGAAUGAAGGGCGAGACUUAUCCUUUACUCCAGAUGGUUACCAGGCCAACCCCAAAUUGGUUGUCAUCGUCUUGAAUAGUGAAAGGAAGUGGGAGAAGAUGGGGCGUUGGGAGAACGGGACACUGUCGUUGAUGUUCCCAGUGUGGCCAAGGUAUAACUCCUUUGGGGACGAGGAUGCAGAUGAGAACCAUCUCUCCAUCGUCACCCUGGAGGAGAAACCUUUCGUCAUUGUUGACAAUGUGGACAUCCUCACCGGCACCUGCAUGAGAAACUCUGUGCCCUGCCGCAAGCAUGUCAAAGAUAACAGCACAUCAGGAGGUUCCUACAUUAAGCAGUGCUGCAAAGGUUUCUGCAUUGACAUUCUGAAGAAGAUUGCUAGGAACGUCAAGUUCACUUAUGACCUCUACCUGGUCACAAAUGGAAAACAUGGCAAGAAGAUCAAUAACGUGUGGAACGGCAUGGUUGGAGAGGUGGUGAAUAAGAAGGCAGUGAUGGCAGUCGGUUCGUUGACCAUCAAUGAGGAGAGGUCUGAGGUCAUUGACUUCUCCGUGCCCUUUGUAGAGACGGGCAUCAGCGUCAUGGUGUCACGUAGCAAUGGGACCGUCUCUCCUUCUGCCUUCCUCGAGCCCUUCAGUGCAUCAGUUUGGGUGAUGAUGUUUGUGAUGCUGCUCAUCGUCACAGCCAUCGCCGUCUUCCUCUUUGAGUUUGUCAGUCCUCUGGGCUUCAACCGCAACUUGGCCCAAGGCAAAGACCCACAUGGCCCAUCAUUCACCAUCGGUAAGGCCAUAUGGCUGCUGUGGGGUCUGGUGUUCAACAACUCUGUGCCUGUGCAGAACCCAAAGGGCACCACCAGUAAGUUCAUUGUGUCGGUGUGGGCCUUCUUUGCCGUCAUCUUCCUGGCCUCCUACACUGCCAACCUGGCUGCCUUCAUGAUCCAGGAAGAGUUUGUGGACCAAGUCACUGGACUGUCUGACAAGAAGUUCCAGAGUCCAUACUCCUAUUCCCCUCCCUUUCGCUUCGGGACGGUUCCUAACGGCAGCACCGAGCGCAACAUCAGGAAGAACUAUCCAGAUAUGCAUCAGUACAUGACCAAAUACCAUCAGACUGGCGUCGUGGAUGCGCUGGUCAGCCUCAAGACUGGAAAGCUAGAUGCUUUCAUUUACGACGCUGCUGUGCUGAACUACAUGGCGGGCAGAGAUGACGGCUGUAAGCUGGUCACUAUCGGCAGCGGUUACAUCUUUGCCACAACAGGUUAUGGUAUCGCCUUGCAGAAAGGAUCCUACUGGAAACGCCUGGUUGAUCUGGCCAUACUAGGCAUCAUAGGAGAUGGUGAGAUGGAGGAGCUGGAGGCCCAGUGGCUGACUGGUAUCUGCCACAACGAGAAGAACGAGGUGAUGUCCAGCCAGCUGGAUGUGGACAACAUGGCGGGUGUCUUCUACAUGCUAGCCACAGCCAUGGGCCUCUCCAUCCUCACCUUCAUCUCUGAACACCUUUUCUACUGGAGGCUGAGAUACUGCUUCACUGGUGUUUGCACUGGGAGGCCGGGUCUGCUCUUCACUAUCAGCAGGGGUAUAUGGAGCUGUAUCCAUGGUGUUCAUAUAGAUAUGAAGAAAAAGAAUCCUGAGCUGGGCUUCAGUCCACAAGCCAACAUGCUGCAUCUACUCAAGUCUGCCAAGUCCAUGGCUUUGUCUUCUCCCAAACGCAACACUGUCCUCUUGCAGCCUAGCAUCCUAGAUGUUAUGACGGGUAACUCACUCCAUAGUCUGCCCCCAAAGGGUCCUGGUCUCUAUAGCAACGCCGCUGGUCCACAGGGUUUCCUGUCACUGUCCGGGCGACACAAAAACCUCCUCAACAAUGCUGCGCCAUUUCCUGUGCAACAAAAAGCUCCCACUCAUCAGACCAGCCCCAACAAGCCCCAGCUGUCAAUCACCAAUGACAAUGGCAAGACUCGCCUCGCCGGGCCUGCCUGCUCUGCAUCAAAACCUCGAGCCCUGUGGAAGAAAAGUGUGGAGACACUGAAGACCCAACCAAGUGUCACAUCUCCAGGCCACGGCCAAAGCCCCACCCCAGCGUCUGGACCUGGACCUCCACCAAUGAAGAGCCAGCGCUACCUGCCUGAAGAGCCGCCACACUCUGACAUCUCGGAGUGCUCCAGCCGACCGCCAUCACACAAAGAUUCAGAUUCCAUGGGGGCAAGGGGUGGAUUCAAGCCCAUCAAUCAGCUGAGGAAAAGGGGUGGGGGAGGAGGAGGGGGAGCUGGGGGCGGAGGAUCCAAGAUCUACUCUAUUGAUUCAGACCAGGCCAGUCUCCAGUCCGCUCCCCCCUACCAGCGAGACAGUCAGGGGGGAGGUGAUGACCACAGUUAUCCUCCAGACCUGUUUCCACCUGACAGCACAUACUCUCACACUCACACACUCUCCCACCAGGCAGAUGCACCCAUUUUGCAGCUGAGUGCCAGCCUGCUACAUCACAGUCACAGUGCUGAGGCCGACCUGCACUCCCUGAAGGACAAGAAAUACAGCACGUACACACACAGCAGCGUGAAGGACAAAGCUGGAGGUUCAUUCGAAUCUCCAGGCGCAGGUCAGGGGACACAGGGUGCCAGGCCCGGCCACUGUCGCUCCUGCCUGACUAAGCUGAGUGGUUACUCCGGCCUUUACACUGUCCGCUCACCACAGGCUCGCUGUGAUGCCUGCGCCCACCUGGGAAACCUGUACGACAUCAGCGAAGACCACCUGCACUCACACUACUCCCACACACACACUCACCCACACAGCGGUGACAUGUUUACACAUUACCUUCCCCAGAGCGAGCUGGGCCUGGUGGGCGAAGGGGACGGGCUAGUCAGCCACUUCGAGCCCUCCCCUUCCUCCCCAUCUCCUCUACCCACCUCGUCGCCGGCCCAGCACCUUCAGCUGAGUCGUCAGCACUCCUAUGAGAACGUGCUUCCGGACGGCAUUCCCGAGCGGCAGUCGCAGCAGCACACCCACCUGCGGGGGCUGAGCCUGCCUGACAGAGAUAGGGAGAGGGAGCUGACCCUAGAGGAGGGGGCCUAUGCUAAUGUUCUCACAAUGCGCUCUGAUCGUCCGUUCAGCAGCCGCAGCCCCCCAUCUCCAUCACCCUCCCACCACCACAGUUUGGACACCCCUAUGCCUCUCCCCCGGCGCUCAAAGAGUCUCUUCCCCGAUCGGCCCUCUCACAACCCUUUCCUCCAGUCAGCCGCUGGCACGACACUACGAGAUCCUGCCCCCCAGGCUGUCACGCGCAUGCCACAGAGAAGUUCCGCCCACGAGCUCUAUAAGCAGCGAAUGCCGCUGUCGCUUACCCUCGGUAACCAUGGCAGCCAUCACAACAACCAGCAUGGCGGCCAUGUUGAUCAACAGGUGUUCUACCCUCAGCAGGAGCCCCCUGUGGUGGCCUACAUGGUCCCACCUGCUGCCUCUCAGCCAAUGAGCUAUGUGACAGCGCCGCGAGCCUCAAGCGCAGGCGGCAACAGGCCCCGGCUCUACCGCCGCAUGCCCAGCAUCGAGUCUGACGUCUGAGAGUCACACAUAACACGCUUACUCUCACUGAAACACAUUAACACACACGCAUGCAAGGAAGAGGUGUGUGUGACCGGACCAGGCAGCUCUGAUUCCAAGCAUAUAUACAGAAACACACACACAGACACACACACAAGUAAAAGAUGAGGGUGUCUGCUCUGGACUAAAAGGUUAAUGGUGAUGCUGAGUAAGUAAAUAAUUGUUUCUUUAUCACACAACCUUUAUAGGGCAGGGUAGGGGCCACAGGGACACCUGGAGGCACAAUACAAGAUGAAGAGUGUGUGUGAGUGUCAGUGUGUGUACUAGCCUGAAGCUGUGGGCAACAAGGCACAAACUGACAAUACGUCUGACAAGACGGAUCAAAAUCCUGGUGGAAUAAGAGGGACACUGUACACGGAGUCAAGCACCAACAGUGGGAUCGGAUGGAGGUACAACAGUGUGUUUGGAAGAUGAGCCGACCUGUCCGCCCUCUCACCAGCCUCUUGGAGAUGAAGGGGACACACAAAAAAACCCUUUCUAUCUGAGAUUACACACACAUAUAUUUCACCUCAACAUGCCCACCCCCUCUCCAGGACUCUCCUGUUGCACUAUGAUUUCUACAGUCAACCCGUAUGUUGUCUGAGCCUCCAAACUGCACUGCCAGCAUGGCUUAAAGAGUAGUAAACUACACUAGAGUAAUCCUUGACUUGAAUGGAAAUGACUUUCUUUGUAAUAGACUAGACUGGGAGCAGCUGGUCAGGACACAGAUCUGAGAAGUGUAUCAGCUCCUGCUCGCAGAUGUACAAACACUUGAACACACACACGCACACUGUGUCUGUUUUUAAGGUGAAGUAAAAACUACAGACUGUUUGUUAUUGUUGAUGUCAGUUGAUUGAACAUUCCAAAAAGUGGACCAAAUAUGGCCGCCAGUAAAAGCCUAUCAGGACGAGAGUGUGUGUUCGAGUGUUUCUAGGUCUAGAGACAUACAGUAUAGCAUCCUUGCUUCCUCUCUUAGCUAGCCUUCAGGUCAUACUGCAUGCUUCCUACUGCCCUGUGUUACAGUUAAACUCCUAUACAGGGUCAUAUAUGCACACAUGCACAGACAUACUAUAUAUGCACACACACACACACACACACACACACACACACACACACACACACGCACAUACGCAGUAGUCUAGGGUAGUAGUUUAGGGUGGGUGUGUGUGUCGAAGCUGUGAGACAGCUUCUCUUUGUGCACUUUGUAGAUUUUAUACCCUGCCACCUAACACAGAUGUUUGACCAAAAACACUUUUAUACUGAAAAAUAUGAGUAUUCUGAAUCAUUCGCUGGAUAGAUGUUUUCUUUUCUCUUAUUUCUCUUUGACAUUGGGUUUUAGGGCACUGUUAAGGGCACAGUUCUGUCAGUUUCCAUUGUGAGGUCAGACAUUUUACAGUUUUAGAUAAUGGGUACAGCAUCAUACAGUAUACACAACACCAACUCCUAAUCUUUCUCUUCAUUCUUUGUAACUUUUAUUGUGCUCAUCCCUCCUUCUAGCCUUUCCUUUUUCUUUCAUCAGCUUUUAUUUAUUCUCUUAAUUAAAUCCUUUGUCUUUUUGCUCCUUUCCUGCUUCCUUCUAUAGAGUAGAUUGAGUAUCAGAAGAAUAAAAUUCAGUCGUGGUGUUUAAAACUCAACAUAUUGUUGGAAAUCACUUAAUAUCAGUAGUCGUAAGAAUUCAUUUAAUUCAGCACCGGCUCUAAUAGGAUACAGUACUUUUUUCUAAUAACUUUCUAUGUUGAACAAAGUAACCCGAGGCCCAUUUUAAUGUUCCCGUAGUGAAUUUAGAGGCUGAGUGCAUCACUGUUGCAGAUUUACUCAUCAAAAUAAUACUCCCGGACGAGCGCCAGAGUAGCUGGUACUUGUUGGCUCUCUGUUGGUGAGAACACAGUGCUGCGUUUCAGCAGAGAGAGUCCCGUGGCAAAGCAGAGUUUGCAAAGUGACUCGUUACAGAAGCAACGCUCACACACACACACACACACACACACACACACACACACAUACUCGACGAGCUGGCAAUGUGUGUAUGAGUGUUCUAGAGAUCCAUAAUCUACUGAGUAAGGGCAUUGAUUUUUCAGUACAAGGAUUUUGAUGGAAAAAGGACUUGAUAUCCCAUUAGCUGAGCGUCUGUCUCUAUUCUGUUUCUUUCUUUUCUCUAUUCAAUCUCUUACACAAACACACACACACAUAUAUCUAUAUAUAUCAGCUGCAAGGAAUGCAAGACAGUUUGAAUAAAAAAACGCACCUUUGAACGAUGAACACUGCCCCUCUUUCGGUUUGGUGUGUGAGUUAUAUGCACAAUAUCAGGUUGCAAUAUUAUACUUCUGUACAGAGAAAUCUUUGUUUUAAAUGUUAGAAACUGAUUUCAUUUGUUUGAUUUGAAUGGUAUUAAGUGUUGAGUUCAUUUCAAUAACAACGUGGCUUUUAAUUCUGCUUCUUUAAAAAAAAAAAAAAGACUGGCAUGUUUUAGAUUAUUGUGUGAUUUUUUUUUUCCUCUGGUGUGUUGUUGGUUGGGACCUCACUGUACAGUCCUCACUGCUAAGUUAAGAGACUAGUUAACUAUCCCGGUCAGCUAACCAGUUAACUAGCAAAACGUAGCUGGGUCUCUCAUCUGAAUCACACUCAAUGAAUAAUGAUAGUCCAGCCUGUGUGGUUAAUACGAACCCCCUCCAACCCACAUAGUUCUCUUCCACUACGAGUCUGCUGUUUCACCUCUGAGUGUGAGCGAGUGUGUGUGCAUGUGUGUGUGUGCGCAUGUGUUUUACACCGUGCAGGCAUUUAUAUAAGACAGGAUGAUACGUGUAUUGAGAGGUUGUUUGUGGUGUGUUUGUGUGUGAGUGUGUAUACUUUUCUGUACUCUCUUCCCUUCGUCCCACACAUAACAUUUGACCUGGCUCUUACUCAUGUAACACAAAUAUAGUUACACACACACACACACAUACAAACACAUACAAACACACACGUUGCGUCUGUACUGUUGUGGUUAAGAGAGUAUGUAGAAGUAAAAAGAGUUUUGUAAAGAGAGUUUUGUUAUGUCCACCAUUACAAAAAUUUUUACACCAACCUUUUGUUUGAUUUUUUUUUUAAAUUGCAUGAUGUGCUUGUGUUUCUGGUGGUACCUAUUUUGCUGCAACACCUGAGUUCUCCCUGAGUUGACCUACUGGGCUACAUGUACCAAGGUUCCCCUCCGCCAUGGUUAGUGCGCCACAUCUGGCUAGAGCCCUGGAUGCUUAAACACUCCCAACUGUGAUGUCACCAACAUGACACCCCAAUUGGCUCCAGCACAACGCCGAGGAGCACGUGGAAAAUGUUCCCAGGCUCAACACAGUUCUUAGUUUGUCCCAGGUGUACACAUGUUACGUACAGUACUGGGUGGAAGGAGUGCAUUGGUGUGUAGUCCUCUGGGUCUCCCUGCUGUGUAUCUCACUUGUGUAUAAGUUCAGGGGUUUCUAAGCUACUAGUUGUGUUGUACAUACUACCUUGUCACUCAGUACCUCUGUACAAUCUGUAAAUAAGUAAA